AUGAAUUUUAAGAAUGCCUAUGACUAUUUGCUUAAUUUUUAAUCUCAAACUAGUCGAAAUACAUCAAGAAUUUAGAAUAGUGAGAAUAGUUAAUUUUUGUCAAGCUAGAAGUCUUGCUAAAAUAAUAGUGAAUAAAAAUAUAGAGUAGAUAAUUCUAAAUCCAAUAAUAGAAUCUUAUUUGAAUCAAAAAGUGAUGUUAAAAUUAAUCUUGGUGAAAAUCCAUUUGAUUUAGCUACAUCAAUGAAUUAUUAAAAUUUAUAGUAAUCAAAGCAAAAUUAUAUCAAUUAACAAGGAUUAUAAUUAUUGUAAGAAUCUAAUAGAAUGGAAGAUUAAUAUGAAAUUAAAAUUAGAACUAAUGGACCUGUAAAAGAAGAUGUCUUGAGUUUCUUAUAAUUAUUAGGAUAAGUAGAAAUUCGUAAAAUUGAAAAUAACUAAGACAAAGAUUUUAAUUAUAGAUAAACCAAAAGUUUUCAUCAUUAACAUUGA